GAUCUUACUGUAAUCAUGGAGGCUAUAGCUAUGUGUGUAGGAAAGAGAGAAGUGGAUUGGUUAUUUGAAUUUUGGGAAGUAGUGAGGGGACACGAAAUGAACACCAGGAAUACGAACCAUUACAUAAUUACGCGCCUUAAUAUUUUUAACCAACUUAGCGUCUUUGCUCUCUUACCUUUUUCUCCGUCAACAGUUACGUCGCUCUGGAAUUCCAAACACACCUCUCUGUCUUCUUCUAUAUAUGUAUAUACACCACCAUUCACACACAGUGGCCGGAAAUUACCACCUUCAAAUCUCAAUACACAGGUUUGUUUAGAUUGGCGAAAUAGUACUUCAUAUAACACUCAGAUGGGUCGUCAGUGUUGUUAUCUUCUAAUUCUGCUAAUUCUAGCAUUGGCUUCAGCAAAGUCUCACUCAUGGAGUUGGUUCCCUUCUUCAGAAGAGACUCAAUCUACUGAUGAGAACCCUUCUAUUAGUGGAACUUCAGUUGGCAGGUUUUCCAUGGAAGGUCAUAAUGAUGACCCCAAGGCAAUCAGACUUGUUGAAGAUGCAGAGAAGAAGUUGGCAGGUCCAAACUCUUGUUGGCAAAAUGCUUAUCGGCAUCUCUUUUCGGGGUGCUCGGAGGUCCAUGCCGUUGAAGAGAAGCGCUCAAGAUUUGCUUGGCAUCUGAGUGAUUGCUUUCAGAAGGACUCUGCAAGGCCUCCUUUUCCUUCAUGUGACCCGAAAUCUGCAAUGUAUAAAUGCUUGAAAACUUUGAACGAUGAUCAGCACAAGGUCUAUUUGGAAUUCUACCUCGAAACUAACUCAAUAUGCCAUCAGUUGCAGGCUCGCGCAUUUAAGUUUGAAACAGAGAGAAUUGUGAAUGAACUUAAAAAUUCAGCUCAGUAUGCAGAAGGCAAGUUGGAAGUAAUUGAAGAGAAGGCAGAGCAUCUACUGCAGGGGUCAAAUCAAAUAUUUGAGUCUUUGAAUUCGAUUGAUCUUCGAACACAGCAAGUUGCUCAGACUGCACAGAAUGUGGAAGAUCAUAUAGAUGUGGUGUUGAAGCAUUCCGCAGCAGUUUAUGAGCAAUCAAGGAAAAUCCAAGAUUCUCAAUCUGAGCUGCAAGAAGGACAAGUAGAAAUGAAGAAAAAUUUGAAGGAAGGAAUGGCAAUGUUGCAGGAUUCAUACAGCCAUUUGGGACAAGAAAUCGAUAACUUGAAAAAUGAAGCUGUUGAAGUUGAAAAAGAGAUAACCAAAGUCGGAGACCAAAUGUCGUCUAGGAUGGAGAAUCUGCAGGUCAAAGCAGAUGACAUUAGGAAUAUGGCAGGGCUCUCUUUGGACAAGCAAAAGCAGCUUCUAGAUGGACAAACAACAGCUCUCAAGGAGCUCGACUUUUUAACCAAAUUUCAAUCCGAGGCACUAGAAGAGAGCAGGAAAACCCUACAACGGUUAACUGAAUAUGGUCACAGACAACAAGAAGAGCUUCUUCAGAAGCAACUACAGCUUCAAAAAGUUCAUGAUCACCUGAUGGAAAACUCAAAGUCAAUGUUGGAGGCACAGGAAUCUUUUGAAUCAAAGCAAGCCAGUAUGUUCGCCGCAUUAGACAAGCUAUUGGCUUUGCACAAUGCUAUGCUGCUUGAAUCACGGUUGAUCAAAGCUUUCUUUAUUUACUCUAUAUCAAUGUUUGCUAUCUACAUGUUCACAAGCACAAAGCGAACAUACACAGUUAGACCUCGUCUAUAUAUCGGGCUGUGUUUGACUCUCUUAGUAGAAGUAGCAAUACUUCGGCUCACAGGGCAUGAUAUUGAACAGCAAACAUGGAAGAUAAACCUUCUCAGGUCUCUUUUUGCAGCGACUGCUUUAGUUCAGCUAAUGCAUGCAAUUUUCACAUACAGGGACUAUGAAGUAUUGAACCAUCAACUAUUGCAUACAUUGAUUGAGAAGGUUAAUGGCAUUCAGAGAUACCAGAAGUUCUCUUGGGAUGAAGAUAGUGAUUUGAACUGGUCCUCUUGGCUGGACAGCAACUUACCAGAAGAUGAAGACUGUUCUGAAGACCCUGACUACUUAGUUCCCGAACAAGUUGGGGACAAUUUAAUCACAGCUUCAAGUAUCAAAGAAUAUGAUCUCCGUCAACGUCUUCAUUGAAAAGUUUCCUACACCAAGUUUAGCAAUUGUUCGAACUCAUAUUUUUACUUAAGCAGAACAAGUACUUGACUUACAAAGCAUAACCAAUAUCUAAUGCCCCGAUCAAGACACCAGAUAUAUUAUGACUUGUGCUUACUAAUGAUAUUAACAAAGGAGAAAGUAAGUGCUUAAUAAGCAGGAGUCGAAGAUAUGAUGUAAAGAAUCAAGGUUGUGAUCGUGUCAUUGAUGGAGGUGACUUGAUCAAGAUAAUGGUGAUGUACCUCCAGUAUGGUUCUUUUGAUCUUUUUCCUGAUUUCUAGAGUUUUAGCUACUAACUUUUCUGUCACUUUCUUGUAUAACUUUUUUUUCAAUAAAUGUUUCUUCUAUUCAAAAUCUUAAUAGAAUAUGAGAGUGAUAUAUUAGGAUUUGAAAUUUCAUGAUCAUAAUUUUUCAAAAUUUGCUUA